AUGUUGACAACUCCCCUCACAAAGUUGCUCGGGAUUCGUAUACCCGCGGUACAAGGUGGAAUGCAAUGGGUCGGCGUCCCAAGACUUGUAGCAGCCGUAUCCGAAGCUGGUGGCCUCGGCGUACUCACCGCAUUGACCCAACCAUCUCCCGAAGCGCUGCGCGCUGCCAUUCGUGAAACCCGAACACUAACCUCAAAACCAUUUGGCGUGAACAUCACCCUCCUCCCCAGCAUCAAUCCCCCGGACUACGAAGGGUAUGCUAGGGCGGCGGUUGAGGAGGGUGUGAGGAUAUUUGAGACGGCUGGAAAUAAUCCGGGUGCUUUGAUUAAAUAUUUCAAGAGUAAUGGGUGUAUUGUGUUGCACAAGUGCACUGCUAUUAGACACGCCAAGAGCGCGGAGAGAUUGGGGGUUGAUGUUAUCAGCAUCGACGGGUUGGAAUGUGCUGGCCACCCGGGAGAGGAUGAUAUUGGUGGCUUGGUACUAAUGGCCCGUGCUGCCAAAGAACUCAAGGUUCCAUUCAUUGCGUCAGGAGGUAUCGCUGACGCUCGAGGAUUUGCUGCGGCUUUGGCAUUAGGCGCUGCUGGCGUCAAUAUGGGCACGCGUUUCAUGUGUACCGUUGAAAGUCCAAUCCACCAAAACAUCAAAGAAAAAAUUGUAGCAUCCACUGAGCGCGACACCGUGCACAUUUUCCGCACCCUACACAACACUGCCCGCGUCUUCAAGAACAAGGUAGCCAUGGAAGUUGUUGCUAUCGAGCGUCGGCCCGGAGGAGCCAAAUUUGAGGACGUCAAGGACCUGGUGUCUGGCGCUCGUGGAAGGAAGGUAUAUGAACUUGGUGACCCAGAUUAUGGGAUCUGGUCAGCUGGGAUAGCUGUGGGCUUGAUCGAUGAUAUACCAACAUGUAAGGAGCUGUUAGAGAGGCUUGAGAAACAGGUGGCAGAGAUCAUUGGCGGUUUGACGCGGGUUGUUGGCGCCUCGGGGAGUUGUCCUGUUUCUAAUAAGGCCAAGUUGUAG